CGGGACAGAAGCCGCAAUUGAGGGCGGGGACUGGCCGCCGCUGGGCUCUGAUUGGCUCCAUUCGGGGUUGGCCCCGCCCCUCCGCGAUCAGCUGCGCCCAGCGUCACGUGACGGUCUCGGCUUAUAUGAACGGGAGUCACGUGCCUUGCCUGCGAGUGAAGGGGAACCUGCUGCCGGAAGAUGGGGCCCGUCCUGCUCUGUGUGCUGCUGCUGGCGGCCCCCUGCGUCGGGGCUGCGCCCUCCACCGACGAGGUGACCUACCUGCCGGGGCUGGCCAAGCAGCCCUCCUUCCGCCACUACUCGGGCUACCUCCGCGUCGACCCACACAAGAGCCUGCACUACUGGUUUACAGAGGCUCAGAGCAACCCUGAGAGCAGCCCUCUGGUGCUGUGGCUGAACGGGGGACCUGGCUGCAGCUCCAUGUCUGGCUUCUUGACAGAGCAUGGCCCCUUCACCAUUCAGCCAGAUGGAACCACCCUGCAGUACAAUGACUAUUCCUGGAAUAAGAUUGCCAACAUGCUGUACCUGGAGUCCCCAGCAGGUGUUGGCUUCUCCUACUCUGAUGACAAAAAGUAUGCCACUAAUGACACCCAGGUGGCCCACGAUAACUACCUGGCGCUGAAGGAGUUCUUCCGCCUCUUCCCGGAGUACAGCAAGAACAAGUUCUUCCUCACUGGGGAGAGCUAUGCGGGCAUUUACAUACCCACGCUGGCUGAGUGGGUGAUGCAGGACACCAGCAUCAACUUGAAGGGACUCGCCGUGGGAAAUGGCCUCUCCUCCUAUGAGAUCAAUGACAACUCCCUGGUUUACUUUGCCUAUUACCAUGGCCUCCUGGGAACCAGGCUGUGGACAGAUCUGCAGCGCUUCUGCUGCUCCCAGGGAAAAUGCAACUUCCAUAAAAGCUCCAACCUGAACUGCACACUCGGGAUGCAAGAGAUGAUCCAGAUCGUGGAGGAGUCAGGCCUGAACAUCUACAAUCUCUAUGCCCCAUGUGCUGGCGGUGUCCCUGGAAGCUACAGGUAUGAUCAAGAUCAGCUCAUCAGCCAUGACCUGGGCAUCUCCUUCAUCCAGCAGCCCCUGAAGUACUCCUGGAGGCAGAAUCUGCUCCGGAUGCCAGCAGCCAAGAAAGGGGUUCGCCUGGAACCCCCCUGCACCAAUUCCACAGCCUCCACCACCUACCUGAACACCCCCGAAGUGAGGAAGGCACUGCACAUCUCUCCAGAGGCACCUGAGUGGCAUAUAUGCAGCUCUGAGGUGAACCACAGCUACAAGCGGCAGUACCUGACUGUGACCGACCAGUACCUGAAGCUGCUUGGCACCAUGAAAUACCGGAUCCUGGUGUACAAUGGUGACAUUGACAUGGCCUGCAACUUCCUGGGGGACGAGUGGUUCGUGGACUCCCUGGACCAGAAGGUGCAGGUGGCCCGCAGGCCCUGGCUAUAUAAUGAUGGGACUGAGGACCAGAUCGGGGGCUUUGUGAAGGAAUUCACCAACAUCGCCUUCCUCACCAUCAAGGGAGCUGGCCACAUGGUGCCCACAGACCAACCGCAAGCUGCCUUCACCAUGUUCAGACGCUUCAUUCAACAGCAGCCCUACUGAGUGUCUGGCAGAGCGGGGCCUGUGCUGCUGCCUGGGGCAGCUCCUCGCCUCGCCUCUCCCCUCCCCAGCUAUGGGCCACUUCCUGGCACGACCAGGGCCUCUCGCUGCUCAGCAAGGGCAGCAGAUACGGGUUUUCCACAGUGCUGAGCAGAGCCUCUGGCUGCUGGCCCAGGCCAGUGUGUGUCCUACUGCUCCCUAGCUCCUCCACCGGGGGAAGACUGGCCUGGGCUUCCCUGCUUCCUGGGGGUGCUGCCCUUUGCCUCUCAUGGGGGCCCCUGCCUGUAGGCAGUGCAGGCUUGGUACCAGUGCACAGCAGGGGCAGGGGUAGAGCUCAGCAGAUGGGAGGCUGCCUGUCCCAGCACAGCUGCUCUCACUUCUCCAGAGCUCCUGCUGUGGCCUUUACCUCGUGGGGUUCUGCUGCCUCCUGCCCUGGAGCUGCCAUCUCACCUUGGGGGUGGAACAGCACCCAGGUCCCCUGCACAUGUCCCAUGGGGCUGGCUUAGGCAUCACACUCUGUGCCUGCAGGAGGCUGUGCUGUCUCAGGUCUGCCCUGGAAAAGUUCUCACGUGUCCUGAUGAAGGAGGUUUGAAAUGAAGACAUUCCUGGCCCUGCCCCCACUCACUCCCUGGGGCAUGGGCUGCUCCCUGGGCCUUGCAAUAAAAUGUCACAGCUGAACCUGGA